UUUACAUUUUGGCUUCAUGAGUGAAUUUGUACUAGGCCCACAUAAUGGCCUUCAUAUUAACGGAACCAAACCAAGAAGACCAAAACGUAGAAAGAACAAGGAUCCGUUAGCUAUCCCUACGCUAGAUCCCCAACCGGACAAAUCUACCCCCGUUGCUACACAGCAGCAAUGCCCACCUACUCCAGUGUCAGGCCAAUUUGAAGUCGAUUCUCCUCCACCUCGGAGGGCCGCAACCAUGAUUGAGAGCGAACACUGGAGUCUUCGGCAAACCGAGACAGGAAGCUUCGAAGUCAACAUUAAUAGCAUCAAUAACAUUACCGACUUUCUUCAAACUCUCAGUUUGAUGGCCUCGGAAUCUGAAGAUCCCACGGCCGAUCCUUUACACAAAGAUGAAGUCCAUAGUGAAACAAGCCAAGAUUCAGAAGGAAGCGCAAGCAAAAAGAAUGGCCGAAAAUUAACCAUGCCGUUCAUUAACUUUCACAGUGAACUCUAUGCUCAACAGGAUAAGAACUCCACUGUGGAAUGGCCAAGGAUGAAAACAGCUUUACCAGCCCUUCUGGAUGACUGUGUCCAUUAUCAUCUUCAGUGUAUGAACCCAUAUUACCCUGUUCGACCCAGGCGGAUUUUGAUGAAUUGGUAUUCUGGCUUAGCUGAGCCCACCAAGGACCCAUUGGUGCUUGCUAUCAGCACUUAUUUUGUUCGACAUAUUUUUAUUCACCACAUGCCCCCGGCGUUUGACAAGAUUCGAGACAUGAGGGUUUUGGAUGCUGUUCAAACACAACUUGCCUUGUAUACGCGCGAAGCAUUGUCGGAUUGUUUUGAUGUUGCUCACCCCCAUCAUAUUUAUGCCUUGUGCUUGUACAACAUGAAUAGCAAAGUACCGAACCAUUUGAAAGCGUUCUAUCACACUAUUGCUGUUCGUAUGGCUCUGGAACUGAAGAUAGUUCCCAGGAAACGCAACGGAUCGAACAGCACUGUUGUGGACGACGAACUUGAACUCAAUAAUCGGCUAUGGUGGUAUCUAUUCCAGAUCGACCACUUUUUGACCGAAUCUGAAAUCAUAUCUUGCUCCAUCCUUCAGCCUACUUCAGACGACCACGCUGCGCUCUCAAAACUUGUACGACCUAGCCCUUGCUCGCUGGACGAGCCAGAUGAGGUUACUGGAAGUCAUCUCUGGAGCAACGUGCUGAAGAUAUGGCUCAUACGGCGACGACUUGAAAAAGAAAUCGAAGAACUGGAUGCCGAUGAUACCAUUGCCAUGUCGCUGAUGAGUGACAAAGUUGAAAGGGAAAUUUCCAUUUGGAACAACGAACUUCCUGAUAUCUUUCAACAAGAUGUUGCUCUCAAGCCUGAAAACUUUGACACCAUGGCACAAAUGUGUUUUACGAUUGGUAUUGAACGCUGUACAAACCGAAUUUUAUUACACCGACUGUUCUUCCCAGCGGCGGAUGAAAUGGAUAACUUGACUCAUCUUCAACAUCGAUCAGCCAUUUACGCCGUGGAAAGUGUCGUUGAACUAUUAAGCAUGCGCCGAGCCGUGAUUGAUAUUGCAUGUUGUCAAACUUGGCCAGGUGAUCUCAAACGCGCCAUCGAAAUGCUGAUGAUAUGCGUGACGUUCCGCGAUACUACGGUCAUGACUCGAUCUAAACUUGGCCUCAUGCGGGCUCUACGACUCUUACGACAAAUGCCCGAGACAGAAUGGAAGGAAGAUAUGUGUAUAAACAACAUCGCUCGUAUAGAGAACGUCCUCUCUUCAUGGCCAGAAAGCCCCAACAUGGUCGAAACGCCGCGAUCUAUGAGUCGUGCUUCUAUUGACUCAUCGAUGUUUUCGCCCAUGGGUAAUUCUUGCCCAAGAUAUACACCUUUGAUUGAUGGAGAACUUUACAUGGCAGACAAUCAACCGCUUAUGUUUAUGCCUGAUCCCUCAGCCGAUGCACUGGCAUUUUUGGAUUCCAAUCUUGCCAACUGUUGAGAUGACUUUUUUAUUUUUUUCUUUCUGAUUGUAUAUCCCCUUCCUAUCGCCAUGCUGUUUUCGUUCACUCUUUUAGCUCCUCAUGUACUCCACCUAUUAUUUGACCAACCGCCUCCCCUCCCACCCUCUCUUCUCCACAUUGUUCACGUAUCCCUGCUUUCCCUCCAUCAGUAGUUUUUCUUCAUAUUACCUGCCGUGGUAUGCCACGGCUAAUCUCAAUGGAAUAAAGACAUAUAUCCAAUAGGUAAACCCGGA